GUCAUUUCCUGUUGUUGUGAAAGUCGAGUUUCUAAAAAAAUCACACAAAAGCAACUCUUUAGUCCCGUUUUUAUGUAUAACUAGGUGAAUAUUUCACUUUUACGCAUUGUCUGUUCCUAUUAUUCGUAUGAUUGUAUUGUUGUAAUGUUAUACAGAUGUGGUUUUGUUUCAAAAUUACUGCAUCUAUCUUCAGUGAAAUUGACCUAAUUUCUUUUACGUCUUAUGCCUAUGAGUGAGGCAAAAUGGCUUGUUGUUUUAAACAUUUUUUUAUCGAUAUUUCAAAUUUAAUCGAUGUUGUCUACCCUCACGUCAUCAGAGUCCCCUAUGGCUGAACAUGAAAUGCUGAAUUCUACCCUUUGAGCCAUAUGAUCAGUCAGGGUACAACUACAAGAUGUGCUUCACAUAAUGACGUAUCAUCAUAUUUUAAGUGUUGGCCAAUACACAUCCAGUAUUCUCAAUAAGAACGGGCUGCCGGCCAAAAUGGACGGUUCAAAAUGGCAAUUCGGCCGGUUCAAAUUUGGAAAACUAAAUGAAUUUUAAGUAGAAUAAGUAGAAGCUGGUCGAUUACUUUACUUUUUGAGACGGUUCAACCGAAAUUUAUUGCAAACCCUGUACAUCAGAUACAUACAUGAAUGCUGACUCUUUGCAUCUACCAGGUUUCUUUAAUAAGCAGCUGAAGGAUUUGUUCAAAGGUCAUCAAAUAAAUUUUCUUAAAAUAAAUUCAUACCCAAUCAGUCAGCAAUCACUAUUAUUAUGUAUAAUUGGCUGUAUAGGUCAUGGCCUUUAUUCCUUAAUAAUGUGGAAAUCAGAGUAUUAUUUAACCAUUUUCGUAGUUUUGUAUUGAAAAGGGCAUCUUUCUACAUAUGUGUCCAAGCGCAAAAAUGCUGUACAUUAAUGAAUGUGCACGCCAUGAAGCUGCUAUUGGGAAACUUAAAUCACUUAAAGGUUCCUCAGACCUGCUGUAAGCUAAGACAGUCUGGAGGGUUAUUUCACAUCAUGUGUUAAAAAGGCUGUAUGUUUGAGAGGGUUCCAGAUGAGAUUAGAAAAUGUUUGAACACAAAGAUACGAGAAAACGAAGUCUAAAAUACCAAAUGUUAAGAUUUUUAUAUUGUUUCACUUUUAUACAAAUUAUUUUUUCAACAUUUGAACUGUGUGUUUUCUGAAUUCCAGAUCAAAAAAAAAAUCUUGGUGUAUGGAAGUUUAUGUUUAAAUUAUAUUAUAUUUCAAUUAACGCUCUUUUUUCAGCUAUGUAACUAGUACUGAAAACUGAACAGAUAUUUCUAUAGAAUAAUUGGUUCAUGUUCAUUAAAAAUGACUCCUGACAUUUUGUUAUUUCUUUAUAUCUGUUCUGUUUUCAAAUUAAUUUUUAAAAAAAGAUAAAAAUGAAAGAGAAAAAAAAAUAAUAUGAGAAAAAAAAUGUGUACAUUUACACACAAUGUCAAAUUGUAUGCAAUUAGAACCAAUUUCUUUUUGUGUUAAAUUUUGACUAUCUGGUGUAAUCCAUCUAGUUCUUGGAAUGCUUUGUUGUUAUAUAUAUUAAUAUACAAAUGGUACAUUGUAGCUGAUAAAACAAAAUAAGUUGAAAGAGAUUUUACAUCAAAGUUCCAUAUUUAAAUAAAAAGAAAAAGGUGAGUAUUUUUUAAUGAAACUUUUUUAUUUAUCUUCUUGAAUUUAUUCCUUUACUAAGAAAUACAGAACUUGGUGUUUUAAUAUUUUUAAGACUCUUUGUGUAAAUAGAUAGAAGUAAAAACUUUUGUGUUAGUGUUUCAUUUUUCAGAACUGUUAAACAUUUUUGGCAAUGAAUUAAAUCUGUUAUAGCCUUUGAGAUAAGGAGUUAAGUGGAGAUAUAAAAUUAUAAAUUGUAAUGUUAAGUAUCAAGGAAUCAUUUAUAUUAACAUUUUAAGAGGAAGUGGAGAUACUGAUUGAUUAUUUUUUAUUGUUUUAUUUACCUUAAUUUUUGUUCAUCUUUGAAAGGUAUGCCUUACCAACUGUAAUUAUUAUGAAACAUUUCUCUGUGUAUGAGUACAUGUUAGUUUAUGCUAUCUUGAAUGAAUCAAUGUGUUUUUGCUGUACUUGAGGGAGAGUGGGAAAUGAAUGAAUGAAAACAAAACCCAUCAAUCAUGGUGAAUGUUGUUCUUCAUUUUGUGAUGGACUCAAUAUCGUGAUUGGACUGUGUAUCAUUGUGAUAAUCCUUGUGUGGUUCCCUGAUCAGACUUCUCCCCAGCGCCAGCAAGAUAGUCGCUCGUCGUCGUUGAUGUGAAGACCGCUGGUUGUCAGUCAGCAGUCAACCUGUUAGAAGAUGGUUGACAUUGGACCCGAUUGCUACUACUUCUACAACUCUACAUGUGCAAGAGGUUCUGCAUGUAUGUACCGGCAUGUUGAAACUGCCAAGAACUCUACAGAGACCUGUACAGACUGGUUUGAAGGCAACUGUACCAAUCCCACUUGUUCCAAGAGGCAUGAUAAACAGAAGCCGACCUGUUUUUAUGAGAGCCAGCCAGACGGGUGCACGAGACCUGGGUGUCAGUUCCGCCACCUGAAUCACCGCCCAAACAUGUCGCCUGCUGUCCCGACGACUGUGUCCACUGCGGCUGUCACCACCAUGCCUGGCUCCCAGCCACCACAUACAGGACUCCCUCCUGUAAGCUGGGCCCCACCCACAGUACCACCCCCCCUGGGAAGAUCAGGGAUGUGGCCAGGAGGUCAUGCCCCUCCCCCGGGGUUCCCCCAUCCCCCACCUGGCCUUCCUUCGAGGCCUUUCCCCCCGGGAGCACCUCUAUUUAUCCCAACUGUAGGGCCUCCACAUCAUGCAGUGAGGCCCAUCCAGCCGAUCAUUAUCAAUCCUAAUGAAGAGUCAGAUGUAGAGGCCUCCCCAGUUAAAUCCUCCCAGAGAGUGGUAGCUCCACCUGUACUACAAAGCCUCAGUCAACCACCACCAGCGGUUCACAAUCCAUUGGACUAUUUCCUGAAUGCCAAACGUUACAUGCCACCCCAACAGCCGACCACCUCCUCCAUUGCCCAACAGCAGACAACUUUCAAUCCAUAUGCCCGAUCCCGUUCUCCUAGUCCUGCUGGAAAAAGGGGAUCCCUUUCUCCCGAUUCUGGGCAUCGCAGGUCGACCAGUCUGGAGCGAUUCUCCAGUCGGAGAAGAUCAGGGAGUCUGGACCGGAGCAGGAGUCCUCCAGAAUGGAGAGAUAGGCGAAGAUUUGUGCGGAGAUCUCGGAGUCCAUCUCGGAGACGGUCCAGGAGCGCAGAGAGAGGCAGAGGCCGAGCCCAGAAUGUGAUUGAUAGAUUCCGUACAGGUGCGAGCAAAGGUCCUCGACUGGAGGAAGUGAGAGUUACGGGCCCUAAGAUCAUCUCAAUCAAGAAGACAAAGGAAGAGAGAGAGCAAGCUGCCAGUCAGGAAGAGAAAAAAGUUGAGGAGGAGGAAAAACCUGCUCCUGAAAAAGCUUCUGCUCAAAAAGAAUCAUUGGGCAAAGGUGAAGAUGAGGAAGUUAAAUCUCUGGAAGAAAUCUAUCGUGAGAGGGCACUUCUCUCACUUAUGGAGGCUAAAAGGAAAAAAAUCCAGGAAAGCAAAAAGAAAAGAUGGCAAACUGUGGAAAAGAAGAAAUCAGAAUCAGAGCGCUCAGACAAAUCCACCCAGGACACAGGGUCACAAGGCUCUGUGGAUGAGAAAGGAGACAAAGGGUCGGAGAUGGAUAGCAGCUCGGAUGAUGGAGGAUCAGAUAUCGACUUCUCUGCAGAUGUUGAUGUGGAGAUUGGGGAGGGAGACUUGGAGGAUGUUGGAAGUCUGGAGGAGGAGGAGAGUGAGGGGGAACAAGAUAACAAAAUUAAGAAGUCUUCAAGUCAGACUAAAAGCUCUGUGUCUGCUCCAGCCAAAUCAAACAUUAAGUCCAGGUUGGGAUUAAAAGCUCGAGGGGAUAUAAAUAAGCAUUCAGCACAACAGCAAACUAGUAAAAAGCGUUCCAUUAAAGACCGGCUUGGUGUUCGACCCUCCGGAGAUAACGAAAACGAGAAACCAGUCAGGUCUGGGGUUAUUAAACUGGCCAAAAGUAGUAAACAAGAUGAAAUUAUGUCAAGAAGUCGACUAAGCAGAGAGAGAAAUAUCAGAGAGAGUGGUAGUAAAAACAUACUGAUGGUUCCUCAAAUUACUAUUCAGAAUAAGUCUGUUGGGGAUCGUGCACUGAGUCUUAAACAGAGAUUGGGGUUAAUAGGAGAAGAUAGUAAUGAUUCUGACUUCAGAAAAGGGAAGAAAAAGAAGAGGGAUUUGGAUGAGGACAUCAUGCAACUGAUUGAAGAAGAACAAAUGGAUAUAGACAUUGAUAUUGAUGAAAUAAGCCUCCUCUCAAAAAAAGACAAAAAGAAACUGCUGAAGAAAUUGUUAGUACAAGCUGGAAGGGAAGACGAAUAUGAUUUGUAUAAAAAGAAGAAAAAGCGCGGAAUUAGGAAAAAAAAAGAGAAGGAUGAUGAAGGUAGAGGGAAAAAGAGGAAGAUAAAUAUAAAGAGUGGUUAUGAAGAUGUGAAGGGGGAUGAAGAGGAAGAUAGAGAGAGUGAAGACGAAGAUUUAGUGUCCAUUGGGGAGGAAAUUGUACUGGAGGAGGAGGAAGAUGAAGAAGAGGAGGGAGCAGAGACUCAAGAAAGCACACCAGAGAAGUCUGAAGAAGUGACCCUAGAAGAUGAUAUCAGUCUAGAGUCAAAAGAUGAUCUGUCGGGGAAGUCUCUUGAGGAGUUGGAGAAAUUGAGGACGGAGAAAGAGGCUCGACUGAGAGAGGCCCUGGAACUCAAGACACUGGACGAUAUACGGAAACACAGGGCCAUCAAAAAGACAAAAGGAGAAGACAUCUCUGGAGUGCAUAUCACUGCUGGUCAGAGUAGAAGAAAAAUUAUCAUAGAAGAGAAAAAGCCAGCCGAGAAGCCUGAGCCAGCAGUUAGAAUCACUUUUGACGGGCUUGACUCUUGUGAUCCGAAACGUAAACUUGUCCGAAUUGGAGGCAAUACAGAGCAGCGAUCAUCAGGCAGUGUGAUGAAACUGGGGACAAAAAAGGAAAGACAGAUCUACAUGCCUCCAACAAGAAAGAAAACAGAAGAGCCUCCAAAGAAGCCAGUAAUUGACUCCACCAAAGGUCGGGAUAUAGUUGAUUACAGCGACAUGUUCCCAAAGAAGACAACAGCUACCUCCACCACUAUCAAGAUCAACAGGGUCACUCCAGAAAAAGCGGAGACCAGACCACCUUUAAAACUUAACAAAGGACCACCAAAGGUUGAAGUCAAGGAUGCCACUGUGAAGACGUUUGCAGAAAUCAUGGCGGAGAAGAAGCGUAAACGACAACUAACCCAACAGAAACAGUUCACCCCUAUCACAAUGGAGGACUCGGGAAAGAAAUCCAGUAGCUUGGACAGGCUCACCCCUGUGGAGCUCUCUCAGGAAUCCUUGCCAUCUAGUCUUGCAAACAGCCCAGUAAAACAGGGCAUAAAAGCACUCAACCUCAGGAAAACCGCUAGCUCAGAAAAUAUCACAGAAACUGCCAGUAAACCAGGGAGAUGGAAACGAAGGAAAACAAAUGAAUCACUUGCGACUGAACCUGAAACUGUAACAAAAACUGAACCUAAGAAUGUUUCAGAGAGUAGUUUUCAAAAUAUUUCCCAGCCAUUGUCUGUCAGUGCUCCAUUAGUGAAAGAAAAGGCUAAAGCAGUUGUUCAGGUCCCAGUAACUAAACCUGAUGUUGUUUAUGUUAGUGCCAAGAAAGAUGAUAAAUCAUUACGAAGUGUUGACGUUGCAGCAGGAACAAAAAGGGAAUCUGACCAGCCAAGCCUGAGUGAAACAACUGAGAAGAAGCCCAAACUGUCUGACAGUUUCCUUGACUUCGAUGAUGAUGAUCUCCUAGAUAUGGACGAUGAUCUUGCUCUUGAUGAUAACAAAGACCACGAUGAACUCAUGCGGGAAAUUGAUGAACUUCUAGCAUCUAAAUGAUCAUUAAAAGACAUUUUGAAUGGAUUAUUUAUGGACAAACAAAAAUAAGACUGAAUCUUUGUUUUUUAUAAUAUGUGGAAUUUGAAUUAUAAUAUGUGGAAUUUGAAAAUAAGUUUUUUUAUCAGCAAAGAAACCGAUAUUAACGGUGUACUGUGUGUAACUGUUGACAGGCAUACAGGUACAUGGACAUGGGCAUUUUGCAUGUCAAAUUUGACUAUAACAUUUUCAGCGCUUGUACAUAAGUGGGUUAAUUGUUAGUGCCAUCAUGUAAGCAUUGUUUAUAAUUAUUUCUACAGAUUUGUUACUGCUCAAAGUUUGUUUCACAUUCUUGAAUCUAAUGGAAUCAAGUUAAGAGUAGCACACUCUAUUUUUAUUCAUUAUUUUGUGCUAUCAAUCACAAACAUUUUCAAUGCUAAAUGAAAGUAGCAUCAUUGUUCGCUUGUAAAUAUCGCAAUUUAUUCACACAGACGUUGUAUGCCUACCUAACUUUGUAAAGAUAUAAACUGUUACUUUUAAACAUCACAUUUUGAUAACAUGUAUGGCUCAAAUAUUGGUGCAGAAAAAAAGAAUUUUAUAACGUCAGUUACAGUUAAAAUGUAUACCAAUACCUAUGGUCAAUUAUCACAAAUUUUUAUUAAACAUUUGACAUGUAUAUUUUUCAUAGAACAAACUGUGCUUAACUGAAAGUGCUGAUCUCAUCAUAAAGAGUUCUGAUUAAGACAUGAUUAUUGUUAGUGCAUUGUGCAGAAUUGCGUUCAAACUUAAUUUCAUAUUUUGAAAAUGAAACAAUUUAUGCGAAUAAAAAUAAAAACGC